ACUCCGAGAAGCAUAUAAAUGCCUGUAUCUGCCCGUCCCCCCUGGACGUAGAGGACCAUCCGGAUUUCAGGCUGUCUGCUAUAUAGCCAGCGUCGAUUCAUCUUUUCUGCAAGUGCCUGCUUCACUCAAGCACCAUCAUCAUGGGAGGCAACCAGGCAACCCGCGUGAACCCGUUCGUCGUCAACGACAGACAUGUCGCCAUCCACAUCACGACCCGUGGUUCGGAUUGGUACUGGACGGUGAUGUCAAUCAUGGGCUGCACCACUCUCACGGUCAUCUGCCUGUCGUUCUUCCGUCCUCCCAGCAAGCGGAUCUUCCACUACCUCCUGGCCGCGGUGGCGUUCAUUGCCACGAUCGAACACUACAGCAUGGCAUCCAAUCUUGGUUGGGUUCCCAUCGACGUCGAAUGGAGACGAAGUGACGAUGAGGUUGCUGGCAUCAACCGCCAGAUCUGGUGGGUUCGUUACAUCGGCUGGUUCCUGACCUGGCCGUUGCUUUCGUUGUCUGUCCUCCUCACCACUGCAGCUCCCACCGUCCAUAUCGUAUGGUCCUUAUUCCUAAGCGCAGCGAUGGCGGUGCUGGCCCUCGUCGGUGCUCUGGUUCGCAGUGACUAUAAAUGGGGUUACUACGCCUUCUGGCUCUGGGUGUGGAUUAUGGCUGUAUACGCCCUCGUCUGGACCCCACGAAAGUACGCCAGAGCAUUGGGCCGGGACGUCCAACGUGUCCAUUUCACCAUCUCCGGCUGGGUCAGCUUCCUUUGGAUGAUCUAUCCCAUCUGCUGGGGUAUCAGUGAAGGUGGAAAUGUCAUUCCUCCGGACUCCGAAUUCAUCUUCUACGGUAUCCUCGACUGCCUUCUGAUUCCGAUUACAAGCGCAGCGUUCUUGUUCCUGCAUCGGCCCAUUGACCCCAGCCAUCUGGGUCUGUACAUUCGCAGUUACGAUGAUCCCAUUCCCGGAUACAGAGACGCUGUUGCCAGCGGCGGUCUUCCCAAGGAUCCGGAGAAAGACGUCCCUAACGGUCAUGAUGGUCCAGCUGAGACCAGUCCGGCACCUGCCGCCGGUACUGAAACCGUCUAGACGCUGACGAACGCCCCGGUGUAGGAUCAUGGAGGAGAGGCAGGGGAUGCGCCUGAUGUGUCAGUUUGGAGGUUAUGUUUUGAAAUGAUGGCCACACGCUCUAAUGUCUAAUCGGAUAUGGUGAGGAGGCUUACGACCGGGGGAAUACAGCGAUGUUGCGUCACGACUGAUGAGGAGAUGAGAUGGCCUUGUACUUUACUACGCAGCUUCCAUGUCAUGCUAUACAUGCUAUACCCUAUGAACUAAUGCAUUCGCUACGCACUU